AUCUGCCAAUCUGCAAACGUGACUAGCUAACAUCUGGAAUGGGACACCAGUUAACACGGUCACCAGUUAAACCGUAACACCGUUUCGACACACCCAAAAAUAACGUUGCAGCGGAGUGGAUCUUUACAAAUAAUACCUACUGGUCAUCAUCGGAAACCUUGUUUUAUAUCUACUGCAGUAUGAAGAACAUUUUAUUGUUCUUUCUAUGCUUUCAGGUCAUGAAUGGUGUGUUUGGUGAUUCAGUAUCAGUGAAGGAGGGAGAUUGUGUCUCUCUUCACACCGGUCUUGCUGAAAUAGAGAAGGAAGAUGUAAUACAAUGGAGGUUUGAAACCAUUGUCAUUGCUCAAAUCAUUAGAACGAUUAAUUCGAUCUCUAUAAAGGAGGAUGUCCUCAAUGGGAAAUUCAAAGACAGACUGAAGUUGGACAAUCAAACUGGAGAUCUCACUAUCAAAAACAUCAGAUCUGAACAUAGUGGAAAUUAUGACGUAAACGACUUCAAUACCUUAAACAAGAGCUUUAAUGUAACUGCUGUUGUAGAGGAAAAACAAUCAUUGAUAGUGAUGGAGGGAGAUUCUGUCAAUCUGCAACCUGAUGUUCCUGAAAUACUGAAAUACGAUGUGAUCCAAUGGAGGUUUGGACAACCUGUUGUAGCUAAAAUCAACAGAGUGAAUAGAAGUGUCUCCACACCUGAUGUAAGAUUUCGAUACAGACUAGAGGCAAAUUAUUUGACUGGAUCUCUAAAGAUAAGUAACAUCGCAACCAAUUGCUCGGGACUUUAUGAAGUAGACAUCCGCAGCAGCAACAAACACACUAUACACAAGUCAUUCUAUGUGACUGUCACCGGUGAAAAAAAAACUGAGUCUGUAUUGGCUGGAAAAUCUGUCACUCUGAAGACUAAUAGUACUAAAAUACUGAAAGAUGAGUUGAUAGUGUGGAUGUUUGGAGGCACUAUCAUAGCUGAACUGUCCAAAGUAGACCAGCGAUUCUUUUUGCAUGAUGAUGAUGAAGCAUUCAACGGCAGAUUGAAGUUGGACAAUCAGACUGCAGCUCUGACCAUCACAAAGACCAGUACUACAGACUCUGGACUCUAUCAGCUAAUGAUCAGCAGCAAGGGAUAUACCGUCCAUGAGAGAUUUGUUGUCAGUGUUACUAAUUCAGUUUUGGCUUCAUGUGCGGCUCCAGGUUGGUCUUCACGUACUGUCACAUGGAUUGUUUUUGGUCUUCUUCUUCUUCCGGCAGUUGUAGUUAUAGGCUUGGUCAAAUACUAUCGCAACAAGAUUGCUGAUCUAAAAAAAUCUUGUAACAAAGAUGAUCAGUUGGUGACUAACACUGAAAAUAAUUUAUAAAACCAAUCAAAAGGUAUGGUCAUUAAAAAUAGCCAUGUUUUUCUUAUGUGAGCCCAAAAUGAAGUAGCUGUACAGUAUCAAUAUGAAGUAGCUGUACAGUAUCAAUAUGAAGUAGCUGUACAGUAUCAAUAUGAAGUAGCUGUACAGUAUCAAUAUGAAGUAGCUGUACAGUAUCAAUAUGAAGUAGCUGUACAGUAUCAAUAUGCUGUCAUGCAGAUAGCUGAGCUUUUAAGCAACCACAAAACAAGUCAAAGGAAGGUAAAUGAUUAUUUGAUGUAAAGCUAAUCUAGGAAGAAAAUUGUACCUGUUACUCUCUGGAUGUGAUGCAUUCAUGCUAAGCUAAGCUGUUCCCACAAUAACUGGUCAUUUAUUCAUGUAUAGUUGUUGUUUUUAAGUCAGAUCAGAGUGACGUCACUCUUUCCUCACUUUUCCAGAAAUACUUGAGUUUGUGUUUAAUUCAAAAACCAUCCAAUGUGCCACUGACUGACUGACCACACUUGUUUAGCACAUUUAUAAGACUUUAGUGUUAUUUAGCUUUUGUGUUUACCAAUAGUAAAAAGUGUUAUAGUUUUGUGCAUCAUUACAUAUUUUCCUUUUUAUUUUAUCUGUCUAUAUUUUGUUUUAUCUUUGGGUUAUCUGUUGCUCUGAAUGUGAGAUCUGUCACUCUGUGAAUUAUUUUGACUAUUUUACACUUGUUUGUAUUAUAAAGUGUCUUUAUGCUGUCCUACAUGACUGCCUUAGGGUCUUUUCAAUCUGUAUUUUGUGUUAUUGUAGCCCUCAAGCUUCCGUUAGGACAAUUUUGUCCAAAAUCAUUUUAUUUAGAGUUUUUUACAAAUAGUUGCCUUAAUCUAAGCAGUUCAUGGUUUGGCUUCUUUUUCAAAGUUUACGCCAUGAGAUAAAAAAAGAGGACUCAAUUCAACAAUGUUAAGUGGUCGGAAAAUAACUCUUCUUAAUCUUUCCCUUUGGACAAAAUUGUCCACCCAUAGCAAAGGAAUGGGAAAUACUAAAAUCUAUAUAAUAUUUGUCCAAUAAAAAUCAAUUAAUCCAAGGCAUUGCAGAUAAAACAUAAACCAAAAUGAAAGUCUGAGUCUGUGCAACAUGCUCAAUGUGUCAGGCACACACUCUCACACACACACAAACACCCCCC